GUGUGUGUGUGUGUGUGUGUGUUAGAGCAGGAUGGGCAGUGUGGAGCAGCUGGCUGCGGUGGGUUCUGUACUGGUGGACCCCCGCCAGGACCUGACGCGGAGGUUCCGAGCUCUGUUCACCCUCAAGAACCUGGGAGGCGCUGAGGCGGUGGAGUGGAUCAGCAAGGCGUUCGGCGACGACUCGGUGCUGCUCAAGCACGAGCUGGCCUACUGCUUGGGUCAGAUGCAGGACGGGCGCGCAAUCCCCGUCCUCAGCGCCGUUCUCAAGGACACCCGACAGGAGCCCAUGGUACGGCACGAAGCGGGGGAAGCCCUGGGAGCCAUCGGGGACCCGUCGGUUCUGGACCUGCUGAAGGCCCACUGCCAGGACCCCGUCGUCGAGGUGGCCGAGACGUGCCAGCUGGCCGUGCGUCGUCUGGAGUGGCUUCAGAGCGGCGGCGACGACAAACGGCGGGACGGCGAAGCGGAGGAGAACCCGUACUGCUCGGUGGACCCGGCGCCCCCACACUCCCGCGCCAACGUGGACGAGCUGCGCGGCCUCCUGCUGGACGAGAGCCUGCCGCUCUUCGAGCGCUACAGGGCCAUGUUCGCGCUGCGGAACCUCGGCGGCCCGGAGGCCGUCCUGGCCCUGGGGGAAGGCCUGCGGUGUUCGAGCGCCCUGUUCCGUCAUGAGAUCGGCUACGUCCUGGGUCAGAUGCAACACCCCGCGGCGGUGCCGGCACUGCGCGCCGCCCUGGAACGCAGCGGCGAGAGCGCCAUGGUGCGCCACGAGGCGGCCGAGGCCCUGGGCUCCAUCGGCCGGGACGAGUGCCUGGCCGUGCUGCGACGUUUCCGUGCCGACGGCGAGCGCGUGGUGAAGGAGAGCUGCGAAGUGGCCUUGGACAUGCUGGACUAUGAGAACAACCAAGAGUUCCAGUAUGCGGACGCACUUGCCAGACUGCAAGGAUAAAAGCC